GGCCAAGUUGACUUGAAAGAACCCUAGGAGUGGGACCAGGCCAGAAGCAAAGCAAGUCCCAAACUGAGUGUAUCUGCUCAAAGAUACUUAUUCUUUUUAAAAGACAUUGUGUUUCUGGAGCCAGGCCUGGAUCUUUUAGCAUCCAGUUGAGCUGGAAGCAGCUCAUAGGUUUGUUUUGGUUUUGUUUUUUUUUUUAAUUCAUGUUUGUACAAUCUUCUGGAAAUUUUUUUUCAAGAAGGAGUAAAAGGGAGUGUUGGAAACUCACAAACAGGAUUAAACCCCCGAGCGCUUAAGGAAAACAGGUUAAGGAAGUUAAUCCAGGAUGGAUAUGCAGGAGCCACAGCAGCUGGGUAUGUUUGCAGAGAGCGAGCUGAUGUCUGUGGGGAUGGACACUUUUAUCCAUCGCAUUGACUCCACAGAGGUCAUCUACCAGCCACGGCGGAAAAGGGCCAAGCUCAUUGGCAAAUACCUGAUGGGAGACUUACUUGGAGAAGGGUCUUAUGGCAAAGUCAAGGAGAUGUUGGACUCUGAAACCCUCUGCAGGAGAGCUGUGAAAAUACUGAAGAAGAAGAAGCUACGCAGAAUUCCCAAUGGGGAGGCAAAUGUGAAAAAGGAAAUUCAACUCCUGCGACGAUUGCGGCACAAAAAUGUUAUCCAGUUGGUAGAUGUGUUAUACAAUGAAGAGAAGCAGAAAAUGUAUAUGGUGAUGGAGUACUGUGUGUGUGGGAUGCAGGAAAUGCUGGACAGUGUCCCGGAAAAGAGGUUUCCAGUUUUUCAGGCUCAUGGGUACUUUUGUCAGCUUAUAGACGGCCUAGAAUACUUGCACAGCCAAGGGAUUGUCCACAAGGAUAUAAAACCAGGGAACCUCCUGCUAACAACCAAUGGGACGCUAAAAAUAUCUGAUUUAGGCGUAGCAGAGGCAUUGCAUCCGUUUGCAGAGGAUGACACGUGCAGAACGAGCCAAGGGUCGCCAGCAUUCCAGCCACCAGAAAUUGCCAAUGGCCUUGACACCUUUUCAGGCUUUAAAGUAGACAUCUGGUCCGCAGGGGUCACACUAUACAACAUCACAACGGGUCUAUACCCUUUUGAAGGGGAUAAUAUCUAUAAAUUAUUUGAAAACAUCGGGAAAGGUGACUACACAAUUCCAGAGGAUUGUGGUCCUCCACUCUCGGACUUACUGAGAG